AUGCCGCCGAAGUUUCAGCUCCUUGCUCUGGUGGCCUUCGCCAUUGCGAUGAUCGUUUUGGAAAACCAAAUUCAGAAGCUCGAGGAGUCACGGGGGAAGCUGGGUAAGAAUCUUUCCUUUCCAAUGAAUACUAUUUUAAGGGAGGUACGGUUUGUAAAGAAUGUGACGUUAUGGAAGGAGAUGAAGCCUGCGUUCUACCAUGGACAUGUUUCCUUUCUGGACUUCACCAAAUUUGGAGUGAAGAAAAAGCCUAUUUACAUAAAUGUUAUCCGGGACCCUAUUGAGCGUCUGGUGUCUUACUAUUAUUUCCUGCGUUUCGGUGAUGACUACAGACCAGGUCUGCGACGCAGAAAGCAAGGGGACAAAAAGACGUUUGAUGAGUGUGUAGCUGCUGGAGGAUCUGACUGUGCUCCAGAGAAACUGUGGCUUCAGAUUCCCUUCUUCUGUGGUCAUUACUCUGAGUGCUGGAACAUUGGCAGCAAAUGGGCUUUGGAGCAAGCCAAAUACAACCUGGUGAAUGAAUACAUGUUAGUUGGAGUGACGGAGGAGUUGGAAGACUUUGUUAUGAUGUUGGAGGCGGCACUUCCUCGCUUUUUUAAGGGGGCCACAGAGCUCUAUCGGACAGGGAAGAAAUCGCACCUAAGGAAAACGAGUGAGAAGAAGCCGCCCACCAAAGAGGCUAUAGCCAGACUGCAGCAGUCAGACAUCUGGAAAAUGGAGAAUGAGUUUUAUGAGUUUGCACUAGAGCAGUUCCAGUACGUUCGGGCUCACGCGGUGAGAGAAAAAGAUGGAGAACUGUACCUACUGGCACAGAACUUUUUCUAUGAGAAAAUCUACCCAAAGACUACCUGAGUCUCAGCGGUGCUCCAUAACACUGUAUGCUGUGGUCGGAAACACUGGAGGGAGGACGCCAUCCAUUCUGCCUGACUGUUCUCCAUCUGGAUGUGUGCAUUUAGGGCAACUGAAACUAGUCCGUGCCACAAGGAAGAGUCUUGGGGCCAAAUAGCUGUCAAGAGCUUUAUCCCCCCAAUACAUAUAAUUUCGAAGAAAGCUUAAAAGCUCUCUAAUGAGCUUUAAAAGUGACUGAGGUCUUGUUCGUGUCAUUUUUCAAGACAACCAUCACCUUUCUGCAAUAGGGAUUUGAUACAGGUGCUGCCACAUUUCAGAACGUUUUGUUAAUUGGAUUUAUUUAAUGCGUAUAUGGUUAUAGUUUUUUUUUUUUUUGAUUGAUGGUGUUUUGGGAGUUUUUACAUCUUCAAAGUACAGAUGACUACUAAACAUUCUUAUCAAGCUGACAAAGUCAUUUUUUCAAUAUAGUAAAAUGAGGAAUACUUUAUUUCUUGGACUUUCAUAAGGCUAUUUAUGGGAUUUAUUGGAAAAACACAGAUGUGGAUGUACUUCACAUGGUUAAAAAUGCAUCAUAUAUCUUGUCAGAAACAAUUCUCCACAUUUUUCGGUUUGCCAUUUUUAAAACAGAACCUUCUGCUUGGGGUUCAGUCUUGCAUUUUUUCAGCAAUUGCAGAUAAUAUAUUUUUAUCUACAAAUAUAUGUAAAUACUAGUCAUUACAGUUACAGCUGGACCAAAACAUUUAAAAAUGGGAGGAUAAAGAAUUGAAGAUGAAAUGUUUAUCUGCAUGUGGAUCAGUGUACUGUUACUUGUUCUCGGUUUGUUUUAAUUUGCUUUUAUAUAUUUUAUGACUGAAUUAUCAUGUUUUUUUAUGUAGUUUAAACAUACUUUGUUUCUCAUGGCAACAUACCAUGUUGAACUUUAAAUGUGUUCAAUGAAAGAAAGACUCUAAAUUCAGCGAGAUUGUGCCUUUUUUUUCCCUGUAACACAGAGCUGUUAUUACAGCCAGUGUAAAUAUGACUUGAUAUCUCAGCAUAUGAAUAGGUGAGGACGGAGUUGUUUUACAAUGUGAAAUGUAGGUACAGUUGCAUAGAUUGUCAUUAUUAACAUCAAUGUGGAAAUAGGCAGCCAUCAUGUGAAAUUGUUUGCCUUGUUGAUGGUACUACAAGACUGGAACUGAUGUCUUUUUGAAAAUGGAAAUUUGUCUGUACAAUUCCAGUGUUUAUAUGUACAGGAUCUUUACUAAACACACAUUUGUGCAUGAAAUGGGUGCUGGAUUGCACAUUUGCCCUUAAAAUAUCAGUAGAACAGUAGGUCUUUGUGACAAAUUCUCCCUUGCUAC